GUCUUUUUGCAUUUUUCGUUUUAUAGAGAAUAUUAAAAAGUACGAAAAAGGCGGAAGUUGAAAUUACUCCGCUUGUGGUGCACUACUUUUCUCUGCGCUGCGGCCAUUUUGCCCUGGUAAUUUUUCGGGAAUAUUAUAUCCGUCGAUAUCUUGGAUUUCAGGCUGUAGAUAAAAAUGACCGAAAGAGACUAUAACGUAUAUCAAGCCAAGCUGGCCGAACAGGCGGAAAGAUAUGAUGGUACGUAUAAAAAAUACCUAUAUUUCAGUGGAAUGUUCUCGAUUGGUUACCGGUAAGGACAGUUCGGUGGCCCGGCUCAGAAAAAUCGCUACAACAAAAUUCACUAGCAAUCGGGGGUCAUCAUUAACAAGAAGUAGACUAAUUACUAAGCUCCAUGUAGUAGAUCGUUAAUGGUGUGGAGAAUUUUAAUCCCUAGGCCGCCAUGUUGAAUUCAUUGCUGCAAUGAUAGUGAUUUAUAUCAUUCAGAUUAUGAAUUUUGUUAAUUUUCCAAAAAAUGUAACUGCCCUUUACUUAAUUUGUCACAUAUGAUAUUGUCUUACACAAAAUUAUUACCGGUAGAGGUUAAAUUUAAUGACAGGUAUAUGAUGACUAAUGCUGAGUUGAAUUCCGCGGAGGUCUAUUGGCGUCGAAAAGACGUCAUUUAGAGGGCAUUUAUUUCAAUACUAUUUAAAUAGGUCACUGGGAAUAUAUAAGACAUCUAAUGAUUUUAUAAUGUAUGAAUAGAAAUGGUCGAGGCAAUGAAGGGAGUCGCCAAUCUCGAUAUAGAAUUGACAGUAGAAGAAAGAAAUUUAUUAUCAGUGGCGUAUAAAAACGUUAUCGGAGCUAGAAGAGCUUCAUGGCGGAUAAUUAGUUCUAUCGAAACGAAGGAAGAGCCAAAAUCGACAGAAGAGAAAAUGAAUAUGAUACGCGGUUACAGGAAAAGCGUUGAGAAAGAGCUAAGAGAUAUCUGCCAUGAUAUUCUUAGUGUUCUCGAUGACCAUCUGAUUCCUUCGGCCACAACCGGUGAAUCAAAAGUAUUUUACUACAAAAUGAAAGGGGACUAUCACCGUUAUUUGGCGGAAUUUGCGACGGGAACAGAUAGGAAAGAGGCGGCUGAAAAUUCUCUUGUAGCUUACAAGGCUGCAACUGAUAUUGCUAUGGCAGAAUUGGCCCCAACGCAUCCAAUCCGGUUAGGGCUAGCAUUGAACUUCUCUGUUUUCUAUUACGAGAUCCUAAAUUCGCCUGAUCGCGCCUGUCGUCUAGCAAAGUCAGCUUUUGAUGACGCCAUCGCAGAACUGGAUACUCUCAGCGAAGAAAGUUACAAAGACUCUACACUGAUCAUGCAAUUAUUGCGUGAUAAUCUGACUCUUUGGACAUCCGACAUACAGGCAGAGGCAGAUAAUGAGCAGAAGGCGGAAGGCGCAGUACAAGAUAUUGAAAAUGAAGAGAAUGCAGCAUAG